AUGGUAGGUCAACGUCGUCUUUAUUAACUCUUUAGUAUGGCUAUAUUCAUGCCGCGUUGAAGGGCAUGAUUCUGGAGUCACACGGGGAGGACUUUUGGAAGCAAAUUCUGUAAGUCGGUGUGGAGAUUGCGGCAGUUUUUAGAGAGCACGUCGGGAUUGAGGCUGGGACAGAAGCAAUCGUAAACCAGCAUUAUGAUGACCAAACAACUUUUGGAUUGGUCUCCAGCAUUUGUGUGUUGACUCGUAAGCAUGGUUUAGAUGAAAAAUAAAAUUUCGGCAGCAUGCGACACACUUUUGUUGCAGGCAUCCCACGAGAAGAAGUCUGGGAACAGUAUGGAAGGUACUUUUGCAUAUACGUAAUGGAAAACGGAUGGGAUGAGUUGUUGAGGAGUUUAAGCCCAGAUCUGCGGGCAAGUUUUGUGGCCAAGGUUUAUAUACUGACGCUUGCAGUGUGUUUGUCAAAACAAAAAAUGAACAUUUAGGGAUUCCUCAACAAUAUGGACUCCUUUCAUUAUUUUAUUGAUCAUGUUGUCUACAAGGCCAACAUGAAGGGACCGUCGUUUCGGUGCGAGGAAGGCGACGGAAAUACAAUCGUACUGCAUUAUCUUAGCAGUCGCUCGGGAUUGUACCCCAUUGUCAAAGGGCUUUUGAGAGAGUUGGCAAAACGAGUGUAUGGUCUCGAGAUUGAAAUAACAAUCCAAGGCCGCACACAGAAGGUCGUGCAGUUUUCUAGCGGUGAACGCAUGGAAGAGCAUGUUGUAUUCAAUAUUGCCGUAAGUCCUCUGGAGGUCCUUAAAAAUGGUAACGGACCACAUAAAUGCGCGGCGUUUCACAAGUUGUCAGACAAAGUACUUUUUUAGACAAAGCAAGAGGAUGGGUCCGUAAACUCUUUGCGCGACCUGCCAAUAAUCCAAAAUGAUAACACUGGCGAAUGGCAGCUCCAUGUAAACCACGAUGAUUUUCAACAUUUAAUGCCUUAUCAUUUUGUUGUGGACAGGGACUGCAAAUUGGUACAAGUUGGAAGCAGACUUGUUGAGCAUAUUUCGGAGGAAAUGUUACAGGUAAGUACAUAUGCUUAUGUAAUAUUUACACGCUUUUUUGACUACCGAAUCUAAAGGAAUUGUUCUAGCCAGGAACGCCAAUUUCACGUAUCUUCGAAAUCCAUCGACCCCAAAUCACUCUUGAAUUCGAAAACAUUUGCAACUUUAUAAAUGGAGUGUUUGUUUUGCAAUCCCGUUCUAUUCCGCUGUUAGUUCAGAAUCAACAGCAAGCGAGUCAAGGGCACGGCUCAAAAAACUCACAGCAUUCGUAAGUCUAUGAAUGAUAUUCCAAUUUUUUCGUGUAGCUCAGAUCCCGUUGAACCGGCAAUGAUAAACGCUCAGCAUCUUAAACUAAAGGGGCAAAUGAUUCUCAUCGACAACGACCAUCUUAUUUAUCUUUGCUCUCCCUACGUGCGAACUGUCAGCGAGUUGGAUCGGUUUGGUUUGAAGCUGUCAUCAUUCCCGUUGCAUGACUCUACUCGGGAUCUUAUCCUACUAAAUCAGCAAAGAAUGAGCGAUGUUGAAGACCAGUAGGGUUUGAUAGACUUAUACUACGGACCUGAUCCAGUAGCGUACAUCCAAAAACGUACCAUUUUGCAUCCGGGAAGUAUCAAAAAUGUGGCAAAAUGCCUCCCUCUCCAAGCGAAAAAACUCCGAUUUCAAAAGCGCGGCCGCUCUUUUUGUGAAGGAAAGAGCGCGCCCUUCAAAACGAAGUUUUUUCACUUGGAAGGGGAGGCAUUUUGCCACAUUUUUGAUGCUUCGCGGAUGCAGAAUGGUACGUUUUUUGCCACUGGAUCAGGUCCCCCACUGUAGCCAGACAUUUCGCUCAUUUAAUGUAAUUGAAAUUCAGCCUCAAACUUGAUCAGUCAACGCAAGAAGCAGAAGCGCUCGCAGAAGAGCUGGCGCGCAAGGAGCAGCUUCUGGAGGCCUUGAAGCAUGACAUUUUGCCUGGUGCAGUCGCAUCGCAAAUAUCACAGGGGAAACAUGUUCCAGCAAGUAAGGAGGACUUCAUGUCUUGCCGAACGAUUGUAUUAUAAUAAGUCUUCAGGGAUAUCCCUUGAAAUAUAGUGUUCCAAUAUUUCAGGAGUUUUUGACAUGGUGACUGUAAUGUAUGUGGACGUUCCCACAUUCCAAGACCUUUUGAGUACAUACAAGCCGAGCCAGGUCAUCAAUAUCAUCGACGACUUGUUCAGCCGGUUCGAUCGCUUGGUUCACCUGCACGACAUUUACAACAUUGCGGGUGUAAGGCUGGAAACAUUUCUCGAGAAUUGUGUUUAGAUCGGCGAAACCUAUUUUUGUGUGUCCGGUGUUCCCGAGCCCACCCUCGACCACGCCGAGACCAUGAUCCAUGUGGCUUUGGGGCUGGAAUGGAAGGCAAGAGCUGUGAUGGACUCGAAGAAAGAAGAGAGCUUGAGAGUUCGAUGCGGGAUUCAUACUGGCUCUGUGAUUGCUGGCGUUGUCGGCGAAAAGCAUAUGAGGUUCGGGGAUGACAUUUUUUUGUUGAAUUUGUGGUAUUAUAUUAUACGUAUUAUAUUAUUCUAUUUGAAUCCAAUGCCCAUCAAAUAACGUAUCUUUACAUUGAAGAUAUGCCGUUUAUGGUGAUUGCAUGAACGUGGCCAUGCGUAUGCCUCAAGAUGCAUCGGGUGGUCGCAUUAUCAUCACAGAAGCCACACGCCAAGCGGCCGAAACCACAGGGCGAUUUGACUUGGAAUCGCGUGGGAUGACGCAAAUCGCUGACUUUGAGCCUAUGCCCACAUAUUACGUUAAGAAAUCGUACAAGAAGAGUAUCUGGGAGAUUAUUAAUCGGCCCAGAGGUAGGGAAUUAAAUUGCUAAUCAUUUAUUCGUCCAUUUCAGACGAAAACGUUAAUAGCAUUGACGGUUACGCGGAAUUGGAGAAGAUACUGAGUGGUGUGGAUUACGGUGCGGUCGCCUUGCAUGGAAAGACAACCGCCUGCUCGAUUAUCUAA